GCAUACCAGCAUCCCCUUGAAUAGUCAAGGUCUAUCUUGACCUUCUCCACAAGUUCUAUUGAGUUCUACAUAAAUAGAUUUUUAAGGUUCCUAAACUGAUGAAGCCACACAAUUCAUUAUCCAGAUUAGUCUUAAACUGCCAUGAAGAAGACAGAGUUGAAGGUCAGCAUCCCCUGCCAGAAGAGCAGGACUCAGGUACUGAAGGCGGUCGCCAAACUUGCAGGUGUUGAUCAAAUGUCCGUGGAUGGACAGAAGGGGACACUAACUGUGGUUGGGGAAGUUGAUCCAAUUCUAGUGGCAAAGGCAGUGAGGAAGACAGGGAGUGUGGCAGAAAUCAUCAGUGUUGGUCCACCUAAGCCUCCGGAGAAGAAGCCUGAGCCUGAAAAGCCUCUUCUUCUUCUUCUUCCUCCUCCUCCUCCUCCUCCUUAUCUUGCCGAGGUCCCUGUCCAACACUAUGGUGGCCCAUACUGCUCCAUUCUGUGAGGCAGAAAGCCAAGCAACUGCUAGCAGGAUCUGCUGAUUUCAGCUGCGAGAUUGAUUCAAUGUUAGAUGACCUGUAGAUAGAUUAUCAUCAAUUUCUUGUACUGAAAAGAAGAUGGUAACUAAGCUUCUUGUGAGUUGAGUUGAAAUGUAAACUGCAGGGUUCAAGAAUUGAUUUCCAAAAUAAAUUUGGCUUGCAAUGGAA